AUGAAUAAAGGAUACAUUAAAACCGUUUUUUUUCUUUUAAGCUUAUUCGUAUAUGUGACCAAUAAAGCCCUUGCAAGCGAACGAUUUCCAAGAGAAACUUCUACAGGCAGAUUUACUUCAAGGACGAUUGUUAGGAGGAGAGUUGUUACAAGUAGUCCUAGUUCAAAUAUAGCAGGUCCAAGUAAUGCCAGUUCAAAUGUAGCAGGUCCAAGUAAUGCCCGUUCAAAUGUAGCAGGUCCAAGUAAUGCCAGUUCAAAUAUAGCAGGUCCAAGUAAUGCUAGUUCAAAUGUCACAGGUCCAAGUAAUGUUAGUUCAAAUGUAGCAGGUCCAAGUAAUGCUAGUUCAGGCAGUUACGAAUCGGAUGAAUUGUACGAGAAUCACAAACACUUAUUAUGCACCAAUCGUGAAGAAAUUAAAAACGCAGAAAAAGUUAUGAAAGACGCUAUGCCACUUUUGAUACAUCAUGCUACAAAUGGAAACAGUUGUGAUAAAUCUUGUCAAUCAAAAAAUAAUGGAAAAUUAAAUAUGGCGAAACAUGGAGGUGAUACAUACAUUGGAAAAAUGAAUCAUAAAUUCCCAAAUCCCAAUAUGUAUACUGACUUAAUAACUAUGCUAUGGAAUCCCUAUUGUCCCAAUAAACUCGAUAAAACUCUGAAUAACGGAAAAGUUGUCCGUGUAUAUACCCCAAAUUUAAUAAUGGUACAAUAUCGUUAUAAAAAUAAUAAUGAAUCAUUCCAAAGAUAUUUUUAUGCUUUAGCCGCAAAAUAUAAAGUAUCUGAAGAUACAGCAGUAAUUGUCAUGUCUUCAGCAAAUAUAAAUGAUCACAACCAUACCGAACAGAAAAACUAUACAAACCUAAUUUUAGAAAGCGCAAAUUCAUUUGAAACUGAAGUUGAUUCUGAACCGGAUAUUAGAAGGGGGGAAUUAAAAAAAAUGUUUGUCAACUUAUCCGGAUAUCUCAUUAAAAAAGAACACAAUUAUGUUGAUAUUACCUAUAUCAGAUCGAUCGAUGGUAAUGUUCCCAAUGACAAAAGUUUACCUACCAAAACACUUCGAUCAUAA